AUGGUGAGGAGCAUUUCCUGUGCCCCCCACAUAUAUUGCCCAGCCCCAUUCAAACAGACAACAGCAGAAACUCUUAUCCCCCUUUUGGUACUUGGUAGAGAGAUGGAGCAUCCUGUUGUUAGUGCUAGUGGGGGAGCCAUUAACAUACUGUUAUGUAAGCUGGGUACGGUGCUCAUCCAAGAAGCACAGCUCCUUGGAGGCAUCCGAGGCGAGCUGCAGUACAUGAAGGAUGAGCUUGAGAGCAUGACAGCAUUCCUGCAGGACCUUGCUGAGGGGGGAAACCGCAGGAAGCAGGUUAAGAUUUGGAUGAAACAGGUGCGAGAGGUCGCGUAUGAUGUUGAGGAUUGCGUUGAUGAGUUUACAUAUCACCUUGGCAGCACCACGAGUGGUUCUGGCCUUGUCGGGCUCUUCCACAGAUGCAUCCGUUUCCUGCAAACUGUCAGGGUGCGGCGGCAGAUUGCGAAACAAAUCCAAGAACUGAAAGCGCGCGCUACAAGUAUCAGUGACCGAAACUCAAGGUAUGGUGGUAAUCAUCUCAUUUCUGGAGCAGAAGGAAACACACUUGCUGCACAACCAGCACCAUCUUAUAUUACUUCUCUGGAUAUUCGUACCCCCGCACUCUUCCCAGAGAUAACGGAACUUGUGGGCAUUGAAGCGCGUCAGAGUAAUAUUGUGAAUUGGUUGGUGGAUGAAAACGUACAGCAACUACUGGUGCUAUCUAUAUUCGGCUUUGGUGGUUUGGGAAAGACAACUCUUGCUAUGACGACAUAUCAGACAGCUAGUGCAAGUUUCCAGUGCCGAGCUUUUGUGACUGUAUCCCAGAAAUUUGAUGUGAAGAGUCUCAUAAGGGACAUUCUUCGUCAGAUUAUUCGACCAGUAAAUCAAAAUGGUCCAGCACCAGCAGUAGACCCACUCAAAGGCAUGGAAGAAUGGAACGUGGGACAGCUUGCAGAUAUGCUAAGGCAGCAUCUAGAAGAUAAGAGGUAUCUUAUUGUUCUCGAUGAUAUUUGGAGCAUGUCAGCUUGGGAAGGUAUUCGAUUUUGCUUGCCUAACUCACAUACUGGAAGCAGAAUAAUUGUUACCACAAGAAUGAAAACUGUAGCACAAGCCUGCUGCCUCCAUGAGUAUGACAGAAAUUACGAAAUUGAACCACUCAGUGGUAGUGAAUCUAGCGAGUUAUUUUUCAAGAGAAUAUUUGGUAACAGGGAAAAUUGCCCAGCUGCCUUCAAAAACAUUUCAGAGAGGAUCCUGGGAAAGUGUGGUGGUAUACCCUUGGCCAUAGUCAGCAUUGCAGGUCUUUUGGCUAGCACACCCUUGUAUAGUUAUGAUCGCUGGGAGAAGAUCUACAACUCUCUUGGCUUGGAGCUGGAAACCAAUCCCUGGCUUGAAAAACUAAAGAAAAUUCUUGAGCUUAGUUAUAAUGACCUUCCAUACCAUUUGAAAACUUGUUUCUUAUAUUUAAGCACCUACCCUGAGGAUUAUAAGAUCAGAAGGAAAAGUUUAUUGAGACGAUGGAUAGCAGAACGCUUUGUGACAGAGAAGCGUGGAUUAAGUGCCUUGGAGGUGUCUGAAAAAUAUUUCAAUGAAUUACUCAACAGGAGUAUGGUUCUUCCAAUUGAAAUGAGCUUUGAUGGGAAGGUCAAGACCUUUCGAGUUCAUGAUAUAAUGCUAGAGAUCAUUGUUUCAAAAUCAAUUGAAGAGAAUUUCGUCACUUUGGUAGGUCAACAGUCUACUUUAGCUCCUCAAGAGAAGAUUCGGCGGCUAUCCAUUCAUGGAGGAAGUAACCAAAACAUUGCCACAAGCAAAUUGUUAAGCCAUGUCCGAUCAUUGAGUAUAUUUGCUGAUGGAGAAAUGUUACAGUUUGCUUGGAUAAAACUUCUUAGAAUAUUAGACUUAGAAGGUUCUGGGUUUGCCAGGAAUGGAGAUAUCGGAAAUAUAUGUAAACUGUUUCAGUUGGAAUAUCUCAGUCUCCGGAAUACAUAUGUCACUGAACUUCCUGUGCAAAUAGGAAACCUCAAAAAGUUGGAGACACUUGAUGUCAGGGACACAGCCAUAAAGCAUUUGCCUCCACACAUUACCAAUCUGCCAAAUUUGUUAAACCUACUUGGAGGGAGAAGAGUUUAUAACUACAGUGGUUUGUCUCCCAUUUCCAAUUUUUGGGGAAUGCACAUCCCUAACAAGCUUGGCAAUUUGGAAAUGCUUACAACCCUUGCACAGAUAGAGAUCACAGGCUCUACUUCCUGUUACAUAUCUGAAUUGGGGAAGCUUUCACAGUUGAGGAAGCUAGGGGUAAUGAUGUUUGUUGAUGACAACAUAAACUGGAUGUCCUUGAUCACUGCCAUUGCAAAACUGAGCAGUUGCCUUCAGUCGCUGCUGAUUUGGCGACCAGGCGGAGUAAUGAAUUUCAGGAUUCUUGAUACACUAUCCAGGCCACCAAUGUUUCUAAAAAGCAUAAACUUCCGAGGUAAGUUGGGACGGCUACCAGAAUGGAUUGGUUUGCUGGCUAAUCUAACUGAGUUGACCCUUCGCGCCACUGAAUUGGAAUCUGAGGAGCACCUGAAAGUUAUCUCUCAGUUACCAAGCCUGCUCUACCUUAGGUUGCAUCACAGUGCAUACACCGGAAGAGCACUCACCUUCUCCGCGUCAGAGUUCCCAAGUCUCAAAGUGCUCACCAUUCAUCUUGCUGUAUACCAGGCAUUGAACCUGAGGUUUGAGGAAGGCACUGCACCUAAGCUCCAUAGGCUGGAACUAUCUUUCUUCGAAAAUGCUUCCAUCCGGCGGCCUUCAGGUAUCAAUUUUCUUGCAAAUCUUCAGGAGGUCUUGGUCCACGCCGAUCCAUGCCGUAAAUCGGAAGCUAUGGUGCACUAUUUGAGGAAUGAAGCUAGGAGGAAUCCCAACCAACCUACUGUCACUUUCAAGGCGAAACAAUGGAAGUCAGCACGGACAGGUCCAGCAAUAGAUUACAGAGGAAACAUCUGGUUUUGA